CAAACGCGGUAUAAAAAGCUGACAAAUCGCCGGCAAAGGCAUCAGUUCUCGAUCGCACCGAUCCAAGAUGAAGUUCGCAGUCGUAUUCGCAAUUUGUAUCGUCCAAGGACUGGCGGCGUCGUUUAGCAACUUGCCGGCGCUGUUACUCCCGGUGCAGAUAUCUAACUUGCCGGCCCAGCAGGACGCGCCCCAAAUCUCGAACUUGCCCGGACAAGUCGACCCAGACGUACCCCAAAUCUCCAACUUGCCCGGACAGAUCUUGCCCGAGAUUUCCAACCUGCCCGGACAAGCCCUUCCCGAGAUAUCCAACCUUCCUGGUGUAGUUCAGGACGCCCCCGAAAUUUCUAACUGGCCCCAACAGGCCCCACCAGAAAUCUCCAACUGGCCCCAGCAAGCGCCCCCAGAGAUCUCCAACUGGCCCCAACAAGCCCCACCAGAGAUUUCCAACUGGCCCCAACAGGCUCCUCCAGAAAUUUCCAACUGGCCCCAACAAGCCCCACCAGAGAUUUCCAACUGGCCCCAACAGGCUCCUCCAGAAAUCUCCAACUGGCCCCAACAGGCUCCUCCAGAAAUCUCCAACUGGCCUCAACAGGCUCCUCCAGAAAUCUCCAACUGGCCCCAACAAGCCCCGCCAGAGAUUUCCAACUGGCCCCAGCAAGCGCCCCCAGAAAUCUCCAACUGGCCCCAACAAUCCCCGCCAGAGAUUUCCAACUUGCCCCAGCAAGCUCCGUGCGUGCAAUACGUCAGAGAACUUCUUUUGUCGGUGCUGGCCAAGAUCGACGUCAACUCAGAAGGAAAACCAGCUGAUCCCGUAGCCAGACCGUCGCCCCCGGUAGUGGUUCAGGAAAACGCCUGCUCGUUGUGUUUCGCCCGCCUCCAGUUGUUGAUCGAGAAAGCCAACAGCAGGAACAGCAUCGUUACUUUUUAAAAUGACGUAAUCGCCUAUUUGUCCAAGGCAAAUUUUGUUUCAAAAUAAACGUUUUAUUCCAGUAA